GAAAAACCCUGCGAACAAAUAAUCGGAGGGAAAAAAGGAGAAGACCGAACUCGAGCUUUUGCAUAACGAUGGCGGCUCACAAGGAAGACAGCAAAAAAUUGAAGAGGAAGCAAUCUCCGGCGUCCAAACCCGGCCGGGACGGCUCCUCCACCAAAAAGCCGAAGUUGGGCAGCUCGAAGGUUGACGAUAAUAACGGGAAGAAGCCUUUUAAGCCAGUGAAGAAACAUGCGAAGUCCAGUCAUGGUGAAGAUAGUAAACAGACGAAGGAGCCGCUAUCCAAGCGAGAUCGCCGAAUCGAGGCUAAGGAGUUGGCUGAGGCGAGGAAGAUGAAGAGGAAAAGGCACUACAGUUUGGAGCAAGAGCUUGCCAAGCUAUGGGAGAAAAUGAGAAAGCGUAACAUAGCCAAGGAAGAUAGAUCCAAGUUGAUUAGCGAAGCAAUACAGAAGAUGAAAGGGAAGAUACCUGAAAUUGCUACUUCUCAUGUUUCUUCUCGUGUUCUUCAGACUUGUGUAAAGUAUUGCUCGCAGACUGAGAGGGAUGUUGUGUUCAGUGAGCUGAGGCCGCAUUUCCUGAACUUUGCUUGCAACCCGUAUGCAGUUCAUCUCGUCAAGAAAAUGUUGGACAGUGCUUCCAAGAGGCAGCUGGGAGAUUUCGUCUCCUCCCUCCGCGGGCAAGUUGCUUCUCUUCUUCGCCACAUGGUUGGAUCAGUUGUUGUUGAGCAUGCAUACCAAGCUGGUAAUGGAACUCAAAGACAGGAGCUUUUGCUGGAGUUAUAUUCCACCGAGCUCCAGUUGUUUAAGGAUCUUUCCUUAAUCAAAGAGAGCAGGUUGGUGGAUGUCAUCGCUAAACUGAACCUUCAGAUAAAUUCAGUGUUACGACAUAUGACUUCUGUGAUUCAACCAAUUCUUGAGAAGGGAAUUGUUGACCACUCUAUCAUACAUCGGGUGCUUAUGGAGUACUUAAGCAUAGCUGAUAAGUUCUCUGCAGCCGACGUUCUCGAGCAAUUGUCCGGUCCACUUCUUGUUCGAAUGAUCCAUACUAAGGACGGGUCUCGGAUUGGCACGCUUUGUGUCAAACAUGGGAGUGCAAAGGAAAGAAAGAAGAUUGUCAAAGGAAUGAAAAGCCAUAUAUUAAAGAUUGCUUAUGACCAAUAUGGAAGCCUGGUGCUUGCAUGCAUUUGUUCCACUGUGGAUGAUACAAAACUCCUGACGAAGAUUGUGAUUCGUGAGCUUCAAACUAGUUUGAAGGAUCUCGUUCUUGAUAAGAAUGGAAGGCGUCCAAUAUUGCAGCUACUUCACCCAAACUGUUCGCGCUAUUUCAGUCCUGAUGAAAUGGCUUCUCUGAAUUUAUCCAUUCCCUCUCUCAGUGCAAAGAUGCCACUUGCAUUGCUAUGUUGCCAGGUUGCAGCUGAAUCCAUAUCCAAAGCAGAAGAGAACCCUGAAACAAAUGAAGAACCUGGCGAUGAGGAAAAUGAUGUAAAGGAAGAUUCAAUGGCUGAGGGAGAUGAAACUGAAGAUUUGGUGGAGGGUGGAAAGAAAGACCCUUUGACAAGAAGACAGGAAUUAUUGGUUGAAAGUGGCCUUGCUGAGAGUAUCAUUGAUGUAUGCACGGAAAAUGUGGAAGAGUUGCUUAGAUCAAAUUUCGGCAAGGAAGUCUUGUACGAAGUUGCAACGGGUGGUUCUGAAGGAAUUCUUUUCCCUUCACUUGGUGAGAAAUUGAACACCUUGCAUGAGGCGAUAGCAUCUGUUGCAGCAGAGCCAAAAUCCGAAGAGCCAGGAAAGGAACACGUCUUUGAGAAUUUUCACUCCAGCAGAACGAUCAGAAAGCUGAUCUUGGAUUCCCCAGGUUUCGCAGCCGUUCUGUGGAAGAGGGUUUUGAAUGGGAAGUGUAGCUUGUGGGCUCAAGGUCACAGUUCUAAGGUAAUACACGCCUUCUUGGACUCUACUGAUGAUAAAGUACGUGAACUCGCCAAGAAAGAGCUGCAGCCAUUAAUCAAGGACGGUGUUCUCAAAAUUUCGGAACAUAAGGAGGUAACUAAAAAGUGUAAAUUAUCAGCUGAAUGAGAGUAUGACAGAAGGGUUCAAAGCAAAAACCGAUAUUUGGCUCGUACUUAUGUACCAAUUUUGUAACGACAGACUUGUAAUUGGCUAAUAGCAGACUAUGGAAGCUUGUUUUUCUUGUCUUUUUGAGCUGCAUAUUUCUCUGUUCUUUUGCUUCAUGCUAGCAACAAGUUUCUUUUUCCUUUUUAAAGUUUAAAGCGUUGUUCUUAGCUUCAUGUAAAAGAGAUCAUCUGUUGUUAGAUCAUGGUCUCUGGGUUACAUGAAAAUGUGACAAAAUUAAUUGUUAAAAGAAUGCUG